AUGAUUCACCUGAUCUCGACUCAGUACGGUGUCUUCAGUGCUGUGACGGUUUUACUUCUACUAACAGACUCUUGUGGAGGCCAGACUCAGCUGAUUGGUCCACUUCAGCCAGUAGUUACAACAGUUGGCGAUAACGUCAUAUUGCCAUGCCGCCUAGAACCUGGCAAGGAUGCUGUCACCAUGGCGUUUGAAUGGACGAAAAGUGACCUGAACCCCAGAUUUGUCCAUGUGUGGCAUUCUGGUCAGGACCUGUUGGAUAUGCUGCAUCCAUCCUACAAGGGAAGAACGUCACUCAGCAGCGAGAGACUGAAGUCUGGAGAUAUUUCUUUAAACCUCUCUAAAGUGAAACCUUCUGAUGAGGGAAAGUAUAGAUGCUACAUUCCAGGAUGGGAGAGAGAAUCCUUUGUUGAGCUUGUUGUUGGUGCGGUGUCCUCACAUUUCAUAGUGGGUAUUGACAAAGUUG